AUGUCUAAAAUUAAAAAUUCUUUAUUUGAUAGUAUCUUUUUAGAAACGUAUAGCGAAUUGGAAACUUUAAACGAUGAACUAAACGAGCUUUAUAAAGUUUAUCAGACUAAUAAUUUAAAGAAUGAUAGUGAUAGUGACGAUGAUAUAGAUAACAAGGACGAAAGUAUAACAUCCGAAGAAGGCCAAGAAGAUAAU